GGUUUUACUGGGACUUAAUAAUGCUUAUAAUGAUGGUUGGAAAUCUUGUCAUCAUACCAGUUGGAAUCACAUUCUUUACAGAGCAAACAACAACACCAUGGAUUAUUUUCAAUGUAGCAUCAGACACUGUUUUUCUGUUGGACUUGAUCAUGAAUUUUAGAACUGGGACUGUCAAUGAAGACAGCUCUGAAAUAAUACUGGACCCUAAAGUCAUCAAAAUGAAUUACUUAAAAAGCUGGUUUGUAGUUGACUUCAUCUCAUCAAUACCAGUGGAUUAUAUUUUUCUCAUUGUAGAAAAAGGGAUGGAUUCAGAGGUUUACAAGACUGCUAGAGCACUUCGCAUUGUGAGAUUUACAAAAAUCCUCAGCCUGUUACGUUUAUUACGACUUUCAAGAUUAAUUCGAUACAUACACCAGUGGGAGGAGAUUUUCCACAUGACAUAUGAUCUGGCCAGUGCUGUGGUGAGAAUCUUUAAUCUAAUUGGAAUGAUGCUACUGCUUUGCCACUGGGAUGGUUGUCUUCAGUUCUUAGUACCUUUACUUCAGGAUUUCCCACCAGAUUGCUGGGUGUCCCUAAAUGGUAUGGUUAAUGAUUCCUGGGGAAAGCAGUAUUCGUAUGCACUCUUCAAAGCCAUGAGCCAUAUGCUUUGUAUUGGUUAUGGAGCCCGGGCCCCUGUCAGCAUGUCCGAUCUCUGGAUUACUAUGCUGAGUAUGAUUGUGGGGGCUACAUGUUAUGCCAUGUUUGUUGGUCAUGCCACUGCCCUAAUUCAGUCUUUAGAUUCCUCACGACGACAAUAUCAAGAAAAGUACAAACAAGUGGAACAAUACAUGUCAUUUCACAAGUUACCCGCUGACAUGCGCCAAAAAAUCCAUGAUUACUACGAACACCGUUACCAAGGCAAGAUCUUUGAUGAGGAAAACAUUCUCAAUGAGCUCAAUGAUCCCCUUAGGGAGGAGAUAGUGAAUUUCAACUGUCGCAAGCUGGUUGCCACAAUGCCUCUUUUCGCUAAUGCAGACCCCAAUUUUGUGACUGCCAUGCUAAGCAAGCUUCGGUUUGAAGUGUUCCAACCUGGCGAUUAUAUUAUCCGAGAGGGUGCUGUGGGUAAAAAGAUGUAUUUCAUUCAACAUGGGGUUGCUGGUGUCAUCACUAAAUCCAGUAAGGAGAUGAAGCUGACAGAUGGCUCUUACUUUGGAGAGAUUUGCCUUUUGACUAAGGGCCGUCGUACUGCCAGUGUAAGAGCUGACACAUACUGCCGACUCUAUUCCCUCUCUGUGGACAAUUUCAAUGAGGUUCUGGAGGAGUACCCCAUGAUGAGGAGGGCCUUUGAAACAGUAGCCAUUGACAGACUGGACAGAAUAGGAAAGAAGAAUUCACUUCUCCUGCAGAAGUUCCAAAAAGAUCUCAAUACUGGUGUUUUCAACAAUCAGGAGAAUGAGAUCUUGAAGCAGAUAGUAAAACAUGACAGAGAGAUGGUGCAGGCUGUUGCUACAGUUAGUCUACAGCAAAUGCCAGCACUGAAUUCUAGCUCUUCAACUACUGCAUCAUCAUCCCGAGUCAGGACACAAUCUCCACCUGUGUAUACUGCAACCAGCCUGUCUCAUGGAAACUUGCAUUCUCCAACACCAAGCACCCAGAUGCCCCAGCAGGCUGUCAUUCUUUCUCCUUGCUCUUAUACUACUGCAGUCUGUAGUCCACCAGUACAGAGCCCUCUGGCAGGUCGAACUUUUCAGUAUGCAUCCCCAACUGCUUCACAGUUGUCACUGAUGCAGCAGCAGCAGCAGCAGCAGACACCUAGUUCAUCACAGAAAAAUGAAGUUCACAAGAGUACACAAGCCCUUCACAACACUAACCUGACAAAAGAGGUGAGGCCUCUCUCUGCCUCCCAGCCUUCAUUGCCCCAUGAGAUUUCCACUUUGAUUUGUAGACCUCAUCCAACAGUGGGAGAGUCUCUAGCCUCGAUUCCACAACCUCUCUCUAGUGUCCAAGGUGCAGGUAUGCAGGUUGGGAGCAGAGGCUCUGUCCCUCAGAGAGUUGCUCUCUUCCGUCAGAUGUCUUCAGGAGCAAUUCCUCCUAACCGAGGCGCCCCACCACCACCAGCUGUUCUACAAAGAGAUUCUUCCACAGUCUUAACCACAGAUCAAGAAGGAGACAAACCACGAUUUGCUUCAAACUUAUGAUCCUUGUUCACGGACGUUGUCAUAAACUGAGAAUCAUCCCAGAAACUAUUUUAGACUGUUUCCUGAUAGACCCUGAGAACCUACUAUGAAACAAAAUAUUUUAGACAACUUUGCCCUUCAUAAUGAAUAAAAAGUAUAGGUCAAAAAUAAAUUUAAAAGACUUGGUUAGAAUUUUUUUCUUACAAUCUUAAAAGGAGUCUAAAUUUUGUUGUAAUAUUUAUUUUUAAUGUGUGUUGAUAUUAAGUAUCUAGUGUAUUUCUUAACUUCUGAAGAGAUGUCCUAUUUCAGUGGGGGGAAUGGACAAAAACAAAACAAUGAUAAUACACUUUAUAAGCUAAAUGACAGUAUUAUUUAUUCCAAAAAACAAACUUAAAAAACCUCUCAAGCUAGCUAGGAAAUAGCACCUAUUGGAUAAUAACUUUUAACUUCCAUUAAUUGCAUUUGUGUAUAAAAAUUGUAAAUAAUUUAUCAUGGAAAAUCAGUCAGUCAAUCUCCCAUUUUAUGGGUCUGGAUUUCACUUCUAGUCAAGAGUAGAUUGAAGAAGAAAUAUACUCCAGUCAUCUGCAGUAGAAGAACUAGCAUUGCCAUUGCUUUGGAUAAUUCUCAUAUCAAAACAUGUAAAUCAUUCUGUUUCAGAAAACUGGGUGGACUGCAAACUUCACAAUGCAGAAGACUUUUAUGAAAAUUAUAAAUAUUGUCAUUGUAAAUAACUUUUUAGAUCCAAACAAAAUAGCUGCUGUGUGGUGUAUCAUUGCAAGGUCUUUGUUUAGGAAUUUAGUUUCAGCUCUUCACUUCAUAACUUACAAUUUUAAUAUUUAUUAAGUCUAAGAGCAAGACAACUGUUCAAUUGUAAUGCAGUGGCUUGAAACCUACAAUGUUACUUUUACAUGCACUGUUUUUCUGCAAAAUUGUACGCUUGAUCCUGCAAACUGCUUGUAUUUCACCAAU